AUGGCUACUCUUCGCUCCGCGUUCAUUCUCGCCUUGGUCCUCGCGUCGCUCCCCGCACUCUAUGCCGCGUCCGCGCCACUGCGGGGCGACGUCGCUGCUGGGGGAAGCGCGGCCGUGGACGCGGCGGCGAGGUGGGGCCGCAAGCUGCUGGAAGCGAGCAGCGGCUCCGUCGCAAGCGGUGCAGACGCUGAACUGGACCAGCAGGGUGGCGAGGAGGAGGAGGAGGUGGGGGAGGUGACGGACGGGCUGGAUGAGGCGGUGCGAGUGCUGCUGACGUGGGGAGAGAUGAAGAACGCGGCGGCGGCCGGCACGAGCACAAACGCGGGGAGCGCGGGGGGGAAGAUAGGAGACAUUGUGUCCAAGGCGGUGGCAGCAAAAGCGCAGGCGCUCAUCAAGUCGUGGAAAACACCACAUCGUGCCGCACAGCCGGCAGCGAUGAUGGACUUGGCGGGAGGCGGGCUGUUGGACUGGGGCGAAGGACGUCACGUCACGCCAGACCCUUGA